CUCGCACUAUACGUGCACCCAGAAAUGUCGCUUGAACAAACGGCACUCCCCCAUCUCCCCUUUCUCUUCUCCAUUCUCUUUCUUCUCCUCAUUUCAAUUAUUUUGCAUACUCUAUUAUCAUUAUUUACUUUCCCAUCUCCCUAUUUUUAUCGCUAAUUGCCAUUCGUAUUGCAACAAAGGCCUUGCAAAUAAUUGUCUGGAAGCAAGGGUCUCUUUGUGUUAAUAUCCAAGACAAUAUACAGGGCUCUUGCACAUACUCGCCCUCCCUUAUUUUUGUUGCAUUCGCAAAAACAGCCUGAAGCCGAGUAACUGUGGCAGAUACUCGAUACCAGACCUGGACCUAUAUUUUUUGAAAGUGUAGGAGGGAGAGUCUUUCUCAUUCACAAAACAUGGUGGCAAUUGGGAUGUUUCCGGAGCCGACAGUUACUGCGGGUAUGAGUGCAAGUACAUUUGCAGCACUGGCGCAGCCAACGUUACAUGUGUACGAUUUUUUGGAAUCGUGGGGUGCCAUUAUUGUUUUUGGAGCUGGGUGUUUAAUAGCUAUUGUAUGCGCCACCGUCAUAAUUCACAAAAGGAAUGCGCAAUAUGCAGAUAAACAGAACCGGUCGCGAGAGCAGCACGUCCGGUUUCUGGAGAGCCAGCAAUUGACGCAGCGCAGCCGCGGUGGAAAUUUAGGAGUCAAUGGAUUUGCGAUCAGCAAACGAGCCAGACGGUGCCACAGCAUAACAAUACUGACCGAGUCGACACCGCUUUUAAUGGAACAGGGGGAUGAGUUUUUCGGGCCGCCGUCAAUCAGACCGCACAGAGUGCGGAGGGCAAAGCGGGGCAAUCUAAGUAGGGGCACGUCUUUGGAACGAGGAAUGCCGCGAGAUCAUCGGCGGCGAGUGUUUACUGCGCCAUCGCUGGUUGGUGGUCUUAUUUUGGAGACAUUGGAUGAGGUCGAUAGCGAGACUGAGAAUUGUAAUUUGAUAGCUGCAAAUGUGAUGAACAGUACGCUUGGACGCAGCUCGGUUGCGUCGACAGCAUGUAGCCGGAAGGGCGGCAGAAAGUCGGUGGCUGAGCUUGCGGAGGAGUGGGACAGGCGUCAGCGGCAACAAAACGACAUUAACAGUUUCAGUACUGUCAAUUAGAAUGGAAUUUUAAAAACUCAU